GUACACUUAAAUGCCGAUCGCUUAAAAAAUUUUUUUGCUUCAUAUAAUUCUUGCUCGUGAAACAACACGCUCUUGAAAAAAACUAAAUAAAAAAAAGCAAUAACUUUAAGAGCUCUAAUUUAAAUCAAUGGUCUAGUCCUGGUAUCCUGAUAAAAACAUCAUCAUUAUUACCAUUAUUAUUAUCAGCAUUAAAAAUUUAUAGAGUGAGGGUUAUCAGUUUACAAUGUGGAUCCUCGGCUUCAUCUUCUUGUGUGGCCUGACUUCAGCGGCCUUGGUAAAAUCACCUCACAUUGUUUUCAUCAUUGCAGAUGACUUGGGAUGGUAUGAUGUAGGAUUUCAUGGUGCUGGAGAUAUAAAAACUCCCAACAUCGACGCGUUAGCUUAUACAGGAGUAAUACUUGACAGAUAUUACGUAGCUCCAAUAUGUACGCCUUCUAGAAGUGCACUGAUGACGGGCAAGUAUCCAAUUCAUACUGGAAUGCAGCAUGGAGUAAUAAUGGCCGCAGAGCCGUGGGGAUUACCGUUGACGGAGAAAAUUUUGCCUGAAUACCUCCAAGACCUUGGGUAUAAAAAUCAUAUUGUCGGUAAAUGGCACUUGGGUCAUUAUAUGAGAAAUUAUACACCGACAUAUCGCGGAUUUGAGAGUCACGUUGGUUAUUGGACUGGUCAUCAAGAUUACUUUGAUCAUACAGCAGUUGAAUUUCCUGACUGGGGAUUGGAUAUGAGAAGAAACUUGGACCCAGCCUGGGAUCUGCAUGGCCAGUAUUCAACUGACAUUUUUACUCAUCAAGCCGUCAAGGUAAUUAGCAAUCACAACUCAAGCGACCCGCUAUUUUUGUACCUCGCACAUGUUGCCGUCCAUUCAGCGAACCCGUACAAUCCUCUUCCAGCACCCGAUCAAGUCGUCGCUAAAUUUGAUCACAUAAAAGAUUACAAGCGAAGACGUUUCGCGGCAAUGUUGAGCAAAUUAGACGACUCUGUUGGUGCAGUCGUUGAUGCCUUGAAGAAACAAUCGAUGCUUGCUGAUACCGUAAUUGUAUUUACGACCGACAAUGGCGGUCCUGCUGCAGGAUUUAAUGAUAACUCAGCAUCUAAUUUCCCUCUUCGUGGUGUUAAAAAUACUUAUUGGGAAGGUGGAGUCAGAGGUAGUGGAUUUAUUUGGUCAAAAAAAUUAUCAAAACCCGGAAGAGUUUAUCGAGGACUAAUGGAUAUUACUGACUGGCUACCAACUUUAUUAACAGUAGCAGGUGGUAAUAAUUCAAUUCUACCUAGAGCUAUUGAUGGUAUUGACAUGUGGGAGUCAUUGAAUAAUAAAGACCCGUCGCCGCGGCGUGCUGUUGUUCACAAUAUCGACGACAUAUACGGCGCUGCUGCGAUAACUGUUGACGACUGGAAGCUAGUGAAAGGUACAACUUACCGCGGCGCCUGGGACGAUUGGUAUGGGUCAUCCAGCUGGGAACUACCUUACGAUACCAAUCAGGUAAUCGAAAGUCCUGCAGGCAGAGCCAUGUCCGAUCUAGAAUUUCCGCUUACUGAUAAGCUGAUCAUCAAUUUGAGAGAAGAGUCUCGGGUUCAAUGCGGGAAGAGGAAUAAAACUUUAGCUAAAUGUCGCGCGCUUGUCUUGCCUUGUCUCUUUAACAUCCGUACCGAUCCCUGCGAGCUCAAUAAUCUUGCCGAAGAAAAUAAUGAAAUGCUAGUAAUUUUAAUUGAUGCAUUGAAUAAAAUUAAUGAAACAGCAGUACCGCCACGAAAUGUUAAACCAGACCCACGAUCAAAGCCAAGUCUCUGGGAUCAUACUUGGAGUAAUUUUGGUGAUUAUUCAUCAGCAUCAAUGUCAUAAUUACAUUGUUUUUAAUUGAUUUUUAAUCUCGGGGAACUUCGUUGCCCAUCAUAACUUUAGCGCAUCUGAAAAAAUAUUUUUUG